AUGACAGUUGCGCGGCCUGUCCGGGCGUUGAUCGCCGGAGGGUGCAUCAUCUGGUGUUUCUUUAUGUGGCAGAUAUUUGCUCCUUCAUGGGGGCUAAGUGGUCCCGGCGAUCGGUACUCCAAUUUUGAACGAGAUCCCAUGUUAGAUCCUACCGACGAACCAGAAGGAAAGUUACAUCGCACGAGUCCGAGAUACGCCCACGAUGCGCAAAACACCGAACGUAUAGAUGCUACGCUGUUGGCCCUUGUAAGGAACGAGGAGGUGGACGCUAUGGUUAUGUCUAUGCGUGACCUCGAAAGGACAUGGAACUCAAAGUUCAACUAUCCCUGGACAUUUUUCAACGACAAGCCUUUUACGGAAGAGUUUAAGAGGAAAACGAGGGCGGCGACGAAAGCAAAGAUCAACUACGAAAUCAUCCCCGACGAACAUUGGAAGAUGCCAUCCUGGAUCGACGAACAAAUAUUCGAAGAGUCAGCCAAGAUUUUGGAGAAGAACGGUGUUCAAUACGCAAGCAAGAUCUCAUACCACCAAAUGUGUCGAUGGAAUAGCGGUCUCUUCUACAAGCAUCCAGCCCUCAAGGAUAUCCGCUACUACUGGCGUGUAGAGCCGAAUGUGCACUUCUUCUGCGAUGUCGACUACGACGUCUUCCGCUACAUGCACGACAACAACAAGACAUACGGAUUUACGAUCAACCUUUACGACGACCCCAAGACUCUUCCUUCGUUGUGGCCCGAAACAGUCAAGUUCCUUGCUGAGCACCCAGGAUACAUUCAUCAAAACAGUGCUGUUGGCUGGGUCACUGAUGAUAUUCGCCGACCACAGUCGAAUAGAAAGGCUCAGGGGUACUCGACGUGCCAUUUCUGGAGCAAUUUUGAGAUUGGAGACAUGGAGUUCUGGCGGAGUAAAACCUACGAAGACUACUUUAACCACCUUGACCGUGCGGGUGGCUUCUUUUACGAACGAUGGGGCGAUGCCCCUGUUCAUAGUAUUGCUCUCGGUCUGUUUGAAGAUCAGAGCAAGAUACACUGGUUCCGUGAUAUCGGAUAUCAGCAUAUUCCCUUCUUCAACUGUCCCAACUCUCCCAAGUGCAAAGGCUGCGUCACUGGCCGUCUCACAGACGGCGAAGCCUGGCUGCACCGAGAAGACUGUCGGCCCAACUGGUUCAAGUAUGUCGGUAUGGGCUGA